GUUCUUGUUGACAGACACGAGGCGGAAUCCACAGACUCUUUCAAGGAAGAGAUGCUGUCUACAGUAAACUUAUAUGCCUUGGGAGGAAAUCACCUCGUUCAAGCUAUGAAGAUGGUACUUGAUCAGAAUCCUGGAAACGAUAAUUACAGCUGUUUAAGGGCCAUAGAAGUUGAAGUUUUCUGUGGAUUAACAAAUCUGGAGGCGAGAUUUGUGGGAAGUGCCCAUAACAAAAAGUGCAACACCUUAAAACCAACUUUUCAGGAUAAAGUGAAGAACAGUAGAGGAAUAUAUGAAGUCUAUGCAAAUUCAUCUGAGGUCUCAUGGAAAGAAGCAUGUGCCCGUUCCUUAGGACUGCUUGAUGGAAAGGAAAUUAACAAAGACGGCAUACCAGUCAUUCUGUCUGUGGCAAGUUACAGUUCGGUAAACUACAGUCACGUCAUGGAAAUAUUUUCUCAAUUCACCAGAAACAGUCCAAUGGGGACGAGCAUUCGCAAGUAGUAUGUAGUACAUUUUAAAAAUUAAUGUUUUUUUUUUUUUAGAUGAAUACAGUUACAAAGAUUAUUAACUUUACACAAACAUACUCAUAAAAGCAUAUUUAAGUAUUUCAUAUGAACUUCUGUUAUAACCCCCAGCCAUUACAAAUGUACAAAAUCACUAUAAAAACAACUUGUAACUCAUAUGUCAAUUUCU